UUGUUUUAUCUUCUAGACUAUAUGUGAUGUCCUUUCAGGUAACAUUUAAAAUGUCGUUCUGUAUAACUUAAGAGUUCUCCAUUGCAGAAAGAAGCUGGAAUAUCACCUUGCCAGGCUUCAGCGGGGAUGAAAUCAAGAAAUUUUGGUUUGGUUUUCUGUCAUUCUGCAUGAUCAUGAGCAGAAAUUUUGCAGAACAAGAAUGUUGUCAUUGCAACCAAGAAGGAUCGUGGUUCCAGGUGGUUAAAAUAGAUAGGAAUAGAUAACCUGGGGUGUUCCCAGAAUUCAGUGUAUGUAACCUGGGGUCUUUUUGACCUCAUCUGGGUGACAAUAGGCACCACCAAUCUUCUUGUGCUGUACUCUCAGCUUUUGAGAAUGUAACCUGGGGUCCUUUUGACCUCAUCACUGUACACUGUUCUUGAUCUGUAUAAAAAAAUGGUGGGUCUUUUUUGACCUCAUUACUCCUACAUGUCAUCAGUGGAAUACCUACAUGUUACAAAACUUCUGUGCACUGACCAGUUGGAGACAGAUUCAAACAUUCAUCAUUAUGUUUGCAGUAAACAGGUUACAAAGCUUCAUAUUGCCAAAAGUUGCAGACCCAAUGAGCUCACACAAAAAUAAACACUGUUAACACAAAAAUAAAUCAACCAGUACCCUUCAUAAAUUAACACUGUUCAUAGUUGCCGUAUCUGACACAACGAGUUUCUGAUAGACAGCCAAUGCUCCAAGUUCAGCAGCAUCCAAAAUUCAGAAAAUAUAUGCGCUGAACACCACCAUAUGAUUAUCCUCACAUUGCAUUAAAACCCAGCCUUAGAACAUGACCAGAGUCUUGAUGAGCUAAAAAUUAAACUAGACAAUCCUGCAUCUACAGCGAAGCACAUCAGGGUGACAAUCCCAACAAGCCUACACCCGUAAUGACAAUCCGUAUGCUUCUUGCAGGAGAUGGCGUCAUUUAGGACACGAAGCACUAAAUUCAGAGUAUGACCCGUGGCCCUGUCUGGUGCUGGUGCAGGUGUGGCAGUUCCGGGAUGGCGUCCUCCGGUGCAUGGAGAUCCCUGACACGAGAGACCCGGUGCAGAACCUUGCCGUCGCCAACGCCAUGGCCUGCUUCGUGCCACAAGGCGCAUGCGUUAAGGUGCUCAGCUGGAACGGCAGCUCCAAGCUCCUGAAUCCCGGCAAGUACGUGAGGUCCAUGGCGCUGGUGCACGGCAAGCUUUUCUGCGGCUGCAACGACAGCAGCAUUCAGGAAAUCGACCUGGCGAGUGGCACGCUGGGCGUAAUCCAGUCCGGCAACAAGAGGAUUCUCGGCAAGGCGGGGGGCCAAGUUCUUCUAGCGGGGGCGUCGAAUCGCGUCUCCUGA